AUGGGCGUAUACACCGUGCGCGUGGCCACGGGGAGCUCGCUCCUGGCAGGCUCCGUAAACUGUGUGCAUGUGUGGCUGGUGGGCGAGUACGGAGAGCAGUAUCUCGGAAACCUGCGGCCGCACCAACCCGGCAGGGAGACCGAGUGGAAAGUCAAAGUCCGUGUUCACCUGGGGCGCGCCCUGCUGGUGAAACUAUGCAAACACACACUCCUGGUGGAUUCUGACUGGUUCUGCAAGUGGAUCACCGUUCAGGGCCCAGGGAUCCAGGACAAGGCCCUCUUUCCCUGCUACCACUGGGUGCAGGGCGACGCGAUUAUCUGGCUGCCUGAGGGCACUGGUGGGGCGCUGGGGAAGGGGGUGCGGCUGGAGGCGGCAGCGGUGGAGGGGAGACGCUAUGGUGCACAUAUAGCUCUGGGAGCAGCAUCAUUACUUCUUGUCAUCACCUACCCCCUGAUGAAGAGAAUUACAUACUGGCCUCAGCUAGCCCUGGGGCUGACAUUCAAUUGGGGUGCGCUACUUGGCUGGUCAGCUGUGAAGGGCUCCGGUGACCCCUCUGUGUGCCUGCCUCUGUACUUUGCUGGGGUCAUGUGGACACUAAUCUAUGAUACUAUUUAUGCUCAUCAGGACAAAAGAGAUGAUGCCCUGAUCGGCCUCAGGUCCACGGCGCUGCUGUUCCAAGAAAACACCAAGUGGUGGCUGAGCGGCUUCAGCGCGGCCAUGCUGGCAGCUCUAACCCUGGUGGGCGUGAGCUGUGCCCAGACCCCGCCCUACUAUGCAGCCCUUCUCACCGUCACUGCCCAUUUGGCGCACCAGAUCUCAGGGAGGACGCGGGAGGACCUUCCGAGGGACGAGCGGUUCCUGGAGGAUAAGGAUUUUGAUUUCAACUUCUCUUUCAUAAAAGGGUUGAAGAAUUUGGCUAUCAAGGAGACAUUAGAUUUUACAGUUUGUAUAAGAAGCCUAAAAGAUGUGAAGGAAAAAUUCCCGAAAGGAAAGACUCCUCUGGCUGGUCAGGUCUAUGACUCUUGGAAGGAUGACGCCCUCUUCGGGUACCAGUUCCUCAACGGGGCAAACCCCAUGCUUUUGAGGCGCUCUAAGAGCCUGCCAGCCCGGCUGGUGCUGCCCCCAGGGAUGGAAGACUUGCACGCCCAGCUGGACAAAGAGCUUCAGCUCCUGAUUCCCCACUUUCGCUACACCAUGGACAUCAACAUGUUGGCCCGGAAUAGACUCAUCUCUAAAUAUGGAAUUUUUGAUCUGGUGGUGAGUACAGGCAGUGGCGGCCACAUGGAUAUUCUCCAGAGAGCCACAGCUUGUUUGACAUAUCGUUCCUUCUGUCCUCCUGAUGAUCUGGCUGACCGUGGGCUCCUAGAUGUGAAAUCUUCUCUCUAUGGCCAAGAUGCCUUCAGGCUAUGGGGAAUCAUCAGUCGGUAUGUGAAAGGGAUGGUUGGGCUUUUCUACAAGAGUGAUGAAGCUGUGAAGCAGGACCCAGAGCUGCAGGCAUGGUGUAGAGAAGUCACUGAGGUUGGACUGCAGGGGGCCCAGGACCGAGGGUUCCCCCUCUGCUUAGAGUCCCGGGAUCAGCUCUGUCAUUUUGUUACCAUGUGCAUCUUCACGUGUACUGGUCAGCAUUCUUCUGCCCACCUGGGCCAGCUGGAUUGGUACUCCUGGGUCCCUAAUGGCCCUUGUACCAUGCGAAAACCCCCACCCACCUCCAAGGAUGUGACAGAGAAGGAUGUACUGGACUCACUGCCUAGUCUCCAGCAAGCCCAUAUGCAGCGGACUGUCACCAACUUCCUUGGCAGACGCCAACCUGUCAUGGUGUCCCUGGGGCAGCAUACGGAGGAAUAUUUCUCGGGUCUUGAGCCCCAGGAAGUGCUGAAGCAAUUCCGAGAGGAGCUGACUACCAUGGACAAAGAAAUUGAGGACCGGAAUGCACGCCUGGACUUACCCUAUGACUACCUUCAACCCAGCAAGGUGGAAAACAGUGUGACCAUCUGACAGACCCGUGCCCUCAACCCCAAAGCUCACUGUUUCCACACUGAUUAAUUUUCCAAAUUUUGCUUAAAAUUUGUCUCUGCCUUUGCUAAUUAUAAUACCUUUAGUAGUAUACCUAAACUAGUUAGUACUACUUUUAGUAUAACCACUAAAUCCUGGAAUC